AUGAACUUGGUCGCGAUGAAUGAUAUGGAUGAGAUCUAUGAGGACCAUGAGUAUGGUGAGAUGGGAGAAUUCGAGGAGUUAUCGGUUGAGGAUGAUGAGAGUGAGGACUCGGAUGAUACGGCAGCGAGUGUGGAGGCAGCAGUGAAGCUGAAAGAGGAGAUAGUCGCCAUGGAGGCAGCAGCAGUGAAUGGUGGAGAUGGAGUUGGUGUCAACACUUUUGCAGCAGCGAUCGUGGUUGAAGAUGAAGCAGUAAAUGCGAAGUGUGUGGGAGUCGCUGUGAAAGGGGACAUCAUGGUGAAAGGAUCAAAGGCGAAUGCAACUGCAAAGGGGCGAGUGCUUACAAAGGAGGAACACGUUGAGGGGUAUGAGACCCGAGAGGUGUUGAGUGUUGAGAUGCCGAGGAGAAGCGAGAGGCUCAAGAAAAUGUUUCAUGGAUUGGAUGUCAAGGCGCUCAACUUCAAGACACCGCCAGCGAUUCCAGACAUUGGCCAGGCAGUGGAGGAUCUCUCCGCUCGAGUCGCCACGGAGAUUAACGGCAUCGCAGGUAGCGCCGACUCCGCCGAUUCCGCCUCCGCGGACGCCGCCGCCGCCGCUGCGUCCGCUGCGGCGGGGCCUCCCGCAGUGGACGUGAUCGAGAGCCUGUGCAUGCGGUGCCACGAGCAGGGCACGACGCGGCUCCUGCUGACACGUGUCCCGCAUUUUCGGGAGCUCGUCAUCAUGGCGUUCGAGUGCCCGCAUUGUAACGAGUCCAACAACGAGGUACAGUUCGCCGGGUCGUUACAACCCACCGGCGUACGGUUCUCCCUCUCCGUACCGGUCUCUGAGGAAGGAGCAACCGAGGAAACUACGGACUCUCACGAGGCGCUGAUGAACCGACAAGUGGUGAAAUCCGAUUCGGCGACGAUCCGAAUUCCGGAGAUCGACUUAGAGAUCCCGCCCGAGUCGCAGCGCGGCACGCUCACCACCGUGGAGGGCGUUUUGACCCGCGCGCACGAUGGGCUUGGCGCGCUGCAGGCGGAGCGACGCGCGGCGGACGCCGCCGUCGCCGCCGCAAUCGACGAAUUCCUCGCGAAAUUGAAAUCCUGCAUCGACGGCUCGCGCGCGUUUACGCUCGUGCUGGACGAUCCGUCGGGUAACAGUUACGUCGAGAACCCGCGCGCUCCGGAACCCGAUCCGAUCUUGAAGGUUGAGCAUUACGAGCGAACGGCGGAGCAGAACGAGAAGCUAGGCUUUCUCUCGUCUCCUGCAGACGGGGGGGAAGGCGGGGAAGCGGGGAUGGCGGGGGAAGGCGCAGUUGGGGAUCCGACGAAGCUUCCGCACGGGUCGGUGGGUGCUGAGCUGGCGUAUCGCGCGAUUGCCGGCGGGAAUAACGCGGACCUGGCGAGUAACGCGCUGCUGUGCGGAUACUCCGCGCCCGAGGAGGUGAUGGUGUUCCCCGCCACGUGCAGCGCGUGUGGCGCUAGCGGCACGGCGAGCGGCGCGGAGAGUGGCGCGAGUGGGGACACGGGGAAGGGGGACAGAGGAAAGGGGGACGCGGAGGGGGGAACUGAUGGUGGAGCGGAAGGGGGAGCAGCGGACGUGGACGAGGUGUGCGUGACGCGCAUGUUCGCGACGCGGAUUCCGUAUUUCAAGGACGUAAUCCUGAUGUCCACGUCAUGCGACGCGUGCGGGUAUAAGAACUCCGAGUUGAAAGCCGCCGGCGGCGUGGCGCCCAAGGGACGCAAAAUCACCCUCACAGUCCGCAACCAGAAGGACCUGUCCCGCGAUAUAAUCAAAGCGGAAUCCGCGGCGGUGUAUAUCCCCGAGAUUGAAUUAGAACUAGGCGCGGGGACGCUAGGCGGACGGGUGACUACAGUGGAGGGGCUUGUAACGGAGAUCGCGGACAGCUUGAAACGGAUCCGGCCGUUUGAGAUUGGGGACAGCGCUCCCGAGUGGCGGAGGAGCAAGUGGCAGGAGUUGGAUAGGCAGCUGCGCGCAUUGGCUGCUGGCGAACCCGUGAGGGUGAAACGGAACAGAGCGACCGUUGCUGGUGAUGCCGCUGGCGCUGGCGCUGCUGCUGGUGGUGCUGGGGAUGAGAAUGAGUCAGGAGCAGAGGGGAAGUUGGAGAAAGAGAAGGGAGAAUCUGGGGAGGAAGGGAGGAUGGAGGAGGCGGAGGGGGAGGAGAUGGAGGAGUUGACGGAGUGGCAUUUGGUUGUGGACGACGCGUUGGCAAACUCGUUUGUGUCGUUUGUGGGCGAGAGAUUGGAGGACGAUGGGCAGGUGCAGGUAGAGGAGUAUGUGCGGUCGUGGGAGCAGGACGAGGAGCUUGGUCUGCACGACAUGCGGACGGGGGAGCAGCAGGGUGAGCUGGCGGCCAUUCAAGAGUAA